UGGCACUAAAAGGAAACAUCAAUCAACAAGAGCUGCGCGUAUCUGUUUUUCUUUUCGUCUCAUUUUAAUUCUCUUCUUCCUCCCUGUGUCUUGUUUGAAAUCCUGUCUUUGAUCUUCUUGACUGUCCACCAUCUAUUCCCUGACUUUCCUUUUCUGAACUUAUCUUACCCCUUUUGCAGAGUGACACCUUGCCUUUACUUUCCUAUUACACCGCUAUCUUUGUAAAGCCCCAAAGACACCCCAAGAAAGAGAAAAAAAAAUUUCCCCAACGUAUUCUCCGUAGCCGGACGGAAAGAAAGGACUAUCCCGAGAGAAGAAGGAGACCAACGCAACAUGGUGUACAUCCGGCAGCAUCAGCUGCCUAACCUGCGGGAAUACCGGUACGCGGGAGUCGACCACUCGCUAAUAAGCCAAUAUAUCCUCAAGCCAUUCUAUAACAAUGUUGUGAUCAAAUGUUUCCCGAUGAGCAUGGCUCCUAACGCUAUCACCCUAACCGGCUUCUUCUUUGUGGUAAUCAACUUCCUCACGAUAUUAUGGUAUAAUCCUGGACUAGACCAGGAUUGCCCGUCUUGGGUCUAUGCCAGCUGCGCCGUGGGAUUGUUCUUGUACCAGACUUUUGACGGAGUAGACGGCAUUCAAGCGCGGAGAACCAAGCAAAGUGGUCCUCUAGGAGAACUAUUUGAUCACAGUGUCGAUGCAUGCAACACCACUUUGGGGGUGUUGAUCUUCUGUGCGGCAAUGAACCUUGGCCAGUCAUGGGCUACUGUCCUGAUUCUUUGGGGAUCAACAAUGACUUUCUAUGUCCAGACCUGGGAUGAGUACUACACCCAAGUGCUUACCCUCGGUAUUAUUUCUGGUCCCGUGGAAGGCGUGCUGACGCUUUGCGUCGUUUUUGGCUUUACGGCCUACAUGGGAGGCGGUAGCUUCUGGCACCAGCCAAUGUUGGAGACCAUCGGUGUUCCCAAGUUAGACGCUAUCCCAGAGCAGCUAUAUGACAUGCCUUUCACGCAGUGGUAUAUAAUCUACGGCGCCGUUGUGCUCUUCUUCGCCACCGGCUCAAGUAUCCUGCAUGUCAUGCAGAUUCGCAAAGAGCGCGGUCAAAACCCUAUUACGCCGCUCUUUGGUCUCCUUCCUCUUGCUGCGGUUUGGGUGUUCGUGCCGGCCUAUCUGUAUCUGCAGCCAAUCAUUCUGGAGAACUACAUGGUUCCAUUUGCACUUUACGUGGGAUUGAUUAACGCAUACGCGGUGGGCAGAAUGAUCACGGCACACCUGGUCAAGGCCAGCUUCCCUUACAUCAACGUACUUCUCUGUCCCCUUGCUCUUGCCGUUCUUGACAGUGCUGGUCCCGCUUUGGGUCUGUGGCCUAGUGCGCUUGAAGAUGGGAAUCGCCAGAUUGCAUUCGUUUACGUGUGUCUCGGCCUGGCAGUGGGUGUUUAUGGAAGCUUCAUCCACGACAUUAUCACGACGAUAUGUGACUACAUCGACAUCUGGUGCCUCUCUAUCAAGCAUCCCUAUGUCGAGACACAGACUGUAAAUGGACAAGUUGACAAAGUUGCGAAGAAGAUGCGGUGAUAGAGAAACAAGCGUCAGCACGUCGAUAGCAUAUCAACUAUGCCAAGACCUGACGCCGUUUCACAUCCUAUGGUGGUUUAUUUCAUAUCAAGUGAGGCUUUCUUUCUCCUUUUUUCUUUCGAAUUGAAUUCGCCCCAUUCAUAUUCCGCUUCAAAGAGCAUUGGAGCGUUGGGUUAGCCUUCUGCAAAUUAGAGUCGGGCUUCCAAAAAAAAAUGUAGGGCCAUUCAUCCCGCGAUGCAUGUGGGCUGGAAACCUUUGUGUCACAUGGGGGAGGUCUAAAUAUGUGUUUGAUUAGUGAUAGAGACUAUUAACUUUAAUGAUGUGAGUUGUUUAAGAUAUAACGGUGAUUGGAAGUAGAACGAUGUCGAAUGUUGGCCUUCUAUAUCGAGUCUGAGUAUCCAUGGGAC